UCUAAGGUUGAGUAUCUCCAAAUGCCCACCUUGCAGAGCUACAUCUAUGAAAUACAAGAGCUAUAAUCAUUUUAUUAUUACUACACAAUAUUGUGAAAAUUAUUAAAUUUAUCAAAUUUAAACAUAAAUUGAAACGUUUUACAAAGUUUAAUUUAAGCAAUAGCGAUAUAUUGUUUAUACUCGUCAAUUAUUAUAUAUAAGCACACUUUAUUCACUUGUAUUAAAUAUUUCUUCAUAGUGACAUUUUUAGUUGCACAAUAUAUAUAGAAGUAUGAGGUUUAUGUGUUUGUGUAACAGUUGUUGGCCUGUUUAAAAAUCGACUGCAAUCGACGAGGUCCGAUUGAUCGAUAUGGUUCUGUAUGUGUGUUACAAAAUGUACUGAGAUGACAGCGCGCAUACUGACGCGCCUUAGAAUAUUUGGUUUGCGGAGAAUGAAAAGAUGGAAGAGUAGUUCGAAAGUUACAAAAAAGAUCAAGUAACAUGUCUACACAUUCUUAUGCGAGGUGGGUUUAUUGGUGGACUAUUAUACUGAUUUUCUGAGUUUCGGUCUUUCCUAGUGCACAAUAGAUAAGUACGACAGGUGUAUGGCAAUUUGUGGAAAUACCAAAACCAGGACGCGUGGGAAGAUCUGCGAAACAAGAACAAGUUCGUUCCGGAUAAACAGAAAUAAGUGAAGAAAUUAAAGAAAAGAAAACAAGACUAAACGUGAACGUUUGAAACUUCAAAUCAUAAUGGAUGAAUGUACUCUGAAUGAUUUGUUAGAAUGCUCGGUAUGUCUCGAGCGAUUAGAUACAUCGAGCAAAGUACUUCCUUGUCAACAUACUUUUUGUAAAAAAUGUUUAGAGGAAAUAGUGAAUACUCAUCGCGAGUUACGUUGUCCUGAAUGUCGUGUAUUAGUUGAUGCUAAAGUAGAUGAUUUACCUCCCAAUGUAUUACUUAUGCGUAUUUUGGAAGGAAUGCGUAAUGCUGCACCUAAAUCAACAAAAUCUGUAGCUAAAAGCAAUUCAGGAUCUCAAAGACUUUUUGGUGGUCAUCAAAUUACUUCGACUACUAGUGUAACUACCAAUUCUACUCCUAAUGCAUUCACGAAUGAACCAAUUCGGCAUGCGAGUGCUACAGCUAAACAAGUUCAGCUACAUAGUCAAACGUAUGGCCGAGCAAUUUAUGAUUAUAUGUCAAAAGUACCAGGAGAUUUAUCAUUUAAGAAGGGUGACAUUGUCAUUCUUCGUAAAAAAAUUGAUAACAAUUGGUAUUUUGGAGAAAGUGCUAACAGCCAUGGGGUUUUUCCACUAUCUUAUGUUCAGGUAAUGACACCAUUAACACCACAUGUACCUCAGUGUAAAGCUCUCUAUGAUUUUCGAAUGACUAAUGAUGAUGAAGACGGUUGUCUUACAUUUAACAAGGGUGAAGUUAUCAGUGUUAUUAGAAGAGUUGAUGAAAAUUGGGCAGAAGGAAAACUUUUGGAUAGAAUUGGUAUUUUCCCAUUGGCUUUUGUAGAACUGAACAGUGUAGCAAGAGCAUUAAUGAAACUUUCAACAAAUACUCAGCCAGGUCCAUCAAGAGUGGCACCUCCUACACCUACAAACGAAGAAACUACACCCUUAAUACCAACUGAUCAUUCACGUAACAUACAAACAAAUCAGCGGCGUCCCCGACUUGUGAGCUCAACUUUGCCAGUGUCUGAUACAGUCUCAAGUGUAUCUUCAGGUGGCAGUUCUUCAACUACAACUUCAAAUACUCCCAAUAGUUCCACUACGUCUAGUAGUUCCAGUACUGCUCCAAGUAGUCCUAGUAGCCCAGCAACAUCACCACCUGCAGUUGGAAAUAGACAUAAUGUUAAACGUCACAGUUUCACUGCUAUCAAUACUGGCCAUCAAACUCAUCCACAUCAUAGACACAGUGCAGAAAUACUUAGCCCACCAGUAGAUAAUGCUGUUGGUAGCAGCAAUAAUAGCUGCAGUAAUGAUUCAUUUUCUCCGGUACAGACUGGUACCAGCAUUGUAGAUCACAACCUUCGACAUAGACGAAGUGGUAGUAGUGAUCUUGCUCUUGCACAAGCAACACAAAAUUUAUCCUCUACUACACCCGGAAACGCUAAUUUACCAGCUGCGUAUAUAGCACUAUAUCCAUAUAAACCUCAAAAAGCAGAUGAACUUGAAUUGAGAAAAGGUGGCAUUUAUAUGGUAACGGAACGUUGUCAAGAUGGGUGGUUUAAAGGGACUUCCAAUCGUACGCAAAAGUGUGGAGUUUUUCCUGGAAAUUAUGUUGCACCUGCUAAAUGCCAACGUGGUUUAUGCCGAGGGUCACCAAGUACAGGACAACAUCAGAAUUUUUCAUCAUCAACGACUCAAAAUAAUACUGAGUCGAGAAUGACUGUGACAUAUACCAAAAAUAAAGGGCCUGCUCCUCAACCUUAUAACCCCCGUACGUUGUUACCUCCAGAACUGCCACCACGGGCUAUUAGUCCAUCUUCAGUGGUAUCAUCAUCUUGGCAUGGUCAAAGCCAAACACAAAGUCAAGAAAACAGCCCACCACGGAGCAACGAGCAAAACUCUGUGAAUCCUCUCGGACGUAGUCACAGUGCUGUGAUAACAUCAAGUAUUUCUUCUCCUGGCAAACAGGUAACUUUGCCACAAUCAUUAACCACUACAACUACUAUUGCUGGCAUCAGCAAUAGUGGUACUGUCGCCACUGCCACCGCUUCUUCCAUCACGAGUGAAAUGAAUAAAAGUCCCAACAAUACUUUGCGAGCUGUUGCUUCUCCUUCUUCAACCACGUCUGUUGCCGCGACCAAAAAUACUGAGAAGCAAAAAGAAAAGAAAGAUAAAUGCGUUUCUUUGAUGCGCCGAUUAACGAAUAUUAAAAAAUCAAAAUCACCACCUCCUACUACAUAUUCAAUGGACAAUCCUGUAUUUGAUGAUGGUAACUCCAUCAACCCAGUGCAUGUUCGAUCGGGAUCUUGUCCAAGUCAGUUGCUACAGGUGGGAGCUACGCAGGAAUUAAAUGCUUCAAACAACCAUCAUCGUUUGUGUCCAGGCUCUAUGCAGGGACACGUCACGUCUUCACAAAGACUUAAAUACAAGGAGAGACCAUCUUUAUCGGUCUCAAUCUUUCAGAGAUCCAACGAAUCUAGUGGGAUGGCGUGUACACCGGUAGGAAAUCAUCACCGUAAAAGUAACUCUUUAGAUGCUGGUAUGGGAAAGCAAAUAAAGCAACAACCUUCUCGUGAACGAGAACGAGUAUAUAGAUUUCGCUGUAUUGUGCCAUAUCCACCUAACAGUGAAUUUGAAUUAGAACUUCGAGUGGGAGACAUUAUUUAUGUACAUAAAAAACGUGAUGAUGGCUGGUAUAAGGGUACUCAGCAAAGAACAGGUCGUACAGGACUUUUCCCAGCAAGUUUCGUCGAAGCCUUCUGAGAUACAGCUCAAAAUCAUCUUGUAUUAGAGACUUGUAUAUAAUUUUGCACAAGUUAAAAGUGACUUAUGAUAAAGUUACUUUCUAAACUUAUUAAUGAUAUAAUCGAUACAAGGGUAAGUAGUAAGAGUACGGUUCAAACUAUAGAUCUGAUUUACACCUACAUUGUAUAUGGUAUGUUCUCAUAAUUUGUUGUUAUAAAUACAACAAAAAAUUGUUUAAAUCAUACAAGCAUUAAGUAUACUGAAAUUCUUCAAAAUGCAUACUGCCACUAAUUAAGGGAAAAAAAUUAAACAAAGUAUGAAAUUGUACUAUAUCUAUACUGCCAUUUGAACAAAAAUAUUAAAAAUAAUAUAUCUUAACGUUCUUAUUAGUGUAAAAUCAACUUCGUUAUUUGAAAUGUACCAAAAGAACCUUUGUUCAUACACACUGGAUCGUCAAAACAAAAUGUUUAAAAUCACAUUGUUUUUAUAUUGCCUGAGGUGUUAUUGAAGUAUGUGUUAUUACUACAAAAAUAUUUAUUUAUUUUAUGUAACAAAUUUUUUUGUUUCAAAAAAAUUUAUAAACAAAGUAACAUUAUUAUUAAGGUAUUAUUUAGAUCUUUUUAAAUUGUUAUUUUUUAAAAAUGUGUGUAGUAUAUCUUGUAAUACAGAAUUAUAUACAUUUUUAAUAAUUUUACGAAUUCGCUAUUUUUUGCCUUAUUGUGGUUGCUAACCUUGAGCAACAUUUUUUCCAAACAUAUUUUUUGUUUUAAUCUUUUUUUUGGCUAAGUUAAUUGUUAACAUCCCUUGUUUUAUACAAGAAUACGUAAAUUUGAGAAAUAAGUUUGAAUAGCAUAAAACAUUAUAUUAAAUGUUUAUUGGUUGUCAAAGACUGGCUUCUAUUUUUACAUUACUUAAGAAGUUUUCCAUAGAGAAAUUAAUGAUAUCGUGAACGAUUUUAAUAACAUUAUAUUUAUAUGACACCAGUGACAGUAUAUUUUGUAAUUUAUUUUGAGACUAAGUACACGUUCGUGCAUGAUAACAGAUGGCAUCGUUAAAAAUCAAUUUCAUAUAAUUCUACAAUUAUAGAAAAUUAUGAAUGUAAAUUGACGAGCUUCCAGAGACCGAGUAAUAAUCAGUAUUUAAUGGAAACUUGUUACUAUCCCACAUAAUGUGUUAUUUACAAUCAUGCACAAAUAUCUACAUAUAUGUAAGAUUACACAUGUUAGUAUUUUUCAUUUUUACACUACAAAUAUAUUAAUUUUUAAUUAAUACCAUUCAUAGGUUAAUUUAUAUAAAAAUAUGUUACAUAAUACUACUGGUUUUUUAAAACUGAACAAAUAUUCAGAAGUCUGAGCAUGUAUUGUCCUUCUACAUAUGUUGUAAUUUAUUUAAUUUAUAUAUUCAUAUUUUAUUAUAAAAAAUUGUUUUAUAUAAGUUUGUUAAUAUACAUAUACGUACAUAUACAAGCGCACACGUACGUACACAAUAUAGAAAUAAGAUAAUGGAAGAAGAAAAGAAUGGUAGAGGGUAUAAACUAGUAAAUGCUUCUGAUUUAGUAAUGUAGAGAAAUUAUUCGUUUAAAUUUUUAAUGAAUUUGAACUCCAUUACGAUCUUUACACAAAUCGAUAUACUUGAAAAAUUACGUUCAUAGUGUCAUAUUUUAUU